AUGUCUAGUCUAGCUUCUUUCAAUACCCUUAGCGUUGCGCGCACUGGAUAUCCAUCAUGCCUGCGUAUUAGUAUGCGCACUAGCCCAUGGUGGACCCAGAAAUUGGAAUCAUUAGAGGCACAAAAGGUUAAGCUUCCCCCGAAAUUCGAUUGGAGGAGUAGAGGAGUCGUAACUCCAAUCAAAAGUCAGGGAAAGUUUGCUACAUGUUGGGCUCUUGCUGCCAUCACUGUCUUGGAGAGCAUCCAUGCGAUAAAAACAAACAAAUUACUCGUGCUUGCUCCUCAACUCUUACUGGAUUGCGUGAAAUCAACAAAACAGUUUGGCUGGGUCGAUAAGGCAUUCCAAUGGGUUAUCUCCUCCUCAGGCAGUGCUAUCAGUCUUGAAAAAGACUAUCCCUACGUUGGUUUUCCUGGUCGCUGUAGGAGGGUAAAAUAG